AUGAAGUCAUCCACCACCGAAUUCUACUCUUCAUCCGUCACAAAUGAUUAUGAAAAAGGUAACGGAAAUGAUUUUGGAGACUUGAUUAGGCCGAGAACUUGGGUAUUUUCUGCUGUCUAUAAAAAACAAAUCCAAACAACUAUUGACAAUAUCGGUGGCAUUGUAAGAUUUUUAGAUAAUGUUGCUUCGCCACAUUCGUCUCGUCCAAAUAAAGACUCAGAUUCAAAUCUUGAAUUAGAGUUGAUAUUGAUGAAUUCCUCGGGGAUAUAUAAAUCAAUUAUUUAUCCACAACUCCAAUAUAAAAUUCCAAAGUGCAUCAUGAACUUGUACGAUGUCGAUUACAAAUCACGUAAAGAAUUUUUAUUUCCUCCAACUGUUCAUCUCAAUAUUAAAAAAUUAUUUCAAGAUGAACCUUGUACAAAGUAUGUGGAAAGUUGUGUUGAUAAGAACUAUUUUUUCUCGGAAGAUUAUCGAGCUCAAAAAGUUGAUGUUUAUAAUUUGCAUACUGGAGACCUAGAAAUAUCGUUUAAAAUUCCAAAGUGCAUCAUGAACUUGUACGAUGUCGAUUACAAAUCACGUAAAGAAUUUUUAUUUCCUCCAACUGUUCAUCUCAAUAUUAAAAAAUUAUUUCAAGAUGAACCUUGUACAAAGUAUGUGGAAAGUUGUGUUGAUAAGAACUAUUUUUUCUCGGAAGAUUAUCGAGCUCAAAAAGUUGAUGUUUAUAAUUUGCAUACUGGAGACCUAGAAAUAUCGUUACAAAAACGUGUUCCAAUCACCAAAGCAUCAGCACUUUUGUCAUCAAACACUGCUGCUGCUUUCUCCACCUCCACCACCACCGAUUCAAGACUUUGGUCCAAUUAUCUAUUAGGAAACGAAUCAAUAUUCUCUUUAUCAAAAUAUGAGAAUAUGAUUGCACAUUGUUCUAAUUCAAAUGUUAUCACUUUAUAUUUGGCCGAAAAUGGGUUAGAAAUUGCUACAAAACUUUUCCCACAAAUUUUCAGAAUUUUGUUUAUAACAUUUAUUGACGAUGACACUAAAUUAUUUGUUGUUGCACAAAAUUAUGAAGAUGGCAAAGAUAAAACAAAAUUUAUUACUACGAUUAUAAUUUGGGAUAUUUUUGGUACCAAUAACUUUUACCAAACAUUUGAUACUGAUAAGGAUUCGAGUUUAACGUGUUUAACGAACGCAAAUGAUAAAAAUUUUUUCACUUCUAGUUUUGGCAGAAUUUAUUCUUUAGAUGACAAUGGUAAUUUGUUUUCCUUGUUGGAUCAUCCUGAUGUAUCUCACAUCUUGAAAAGUAAUGAAAUGUUACAAACUUAUUUUGAUGAUAUGACGCAGCUUCAAAUCAACAACAAUAAUGACAAUGAAGAUUAUCAUAUGAUUUAUAAUUUUAAUAAAAGUUUUAGCAAUAUAAAAGAGAAUAAAGGUGUUUUAAUAAUUAACAAUACAGAACCUUGGAAUAACAAGAAAAAAUACAAGAGAAUUUCUGUAUUUCUAAAUGACGAGAGAACAACUCAACUUAUCAUCGGAAGAACGACAAUUCAGGUUUGGCAAAUAAAAAUCACAAAAGCAAAGGAAACAAAAAAAAGAGUAUUGAAAUAUAUUUGGACAUCACUUGGAGGAUUUGACAUGGAAUCAAUUUCAAUUGGCAAAAAUAAAUUUUCUUUGAAAAUCUCGUUAUGUUCACUCAACUCACCGACCAAUACUAGUCAGCAUCUUAUUUAUUAUCCAAACAAUCCAAACACAAUAAAAGAUGCUUGCGAAGCACUUGAGUUUCUUUAUACUCAUAGAAAUCUAUGCAUUGGCCCAAAGAAUCAUCAAAGAUUUGAAGAUAUAUUCUAUAAUACUGAAAAACUUGCUUAUAGAUGUUUCAAAAAAUCACCAAGUUUAUGGAGGCUGAAUGAUAUUCGUCAUGAUAUCAUGGCUAAUUUGAUUAGAGGUCAUAAUAAUUCUUUGAUCAAGAAAAUCUUAUUCAAUGAUAAUGAUUUGGAUUAUAAUAAGCCAGCCUUAAAAAAUAAUAAAUACUAUUUGCAUACACCACGUUUAUAUAGAUGGCCAAAACAGAGAAAUAUCACUGAUUUGGAAUUAGCAAUUAAUUAUACUAAAGCUCAUAAAGAUACUGCCAUAGUUGGAUUUUUAUUAGAAUAUUAUUCUAAUCAUGCAAUGGAAAAUAUUGGAUGGAUGUUUACUGUAGCUAAAGCAAUUCCAUUAUUAUUAAAUUGUAAUUUAGAUUUUCUUGUAUAUCCACAUGGUAUAAAAGAUGAAAAAUUGCACUUGACAAAAUUAAUCAAAAGACUAUUGAAAUUAAUUUUUUGGCCACGUAAAUAUGUUUUAAGAAAUGAUGAAACUGAUCAUAGUUCAUUCUUAAGAAUUCUUAGACAAAAAAGAAAUGAAUUUAUGUAUGACAAUCCAUCAUUGGAAGCUUGUAUCAAUUUCAAAUUUUCAUCAGCAAGAUGGUAUUAUAUCAGACAUUUAAUCCAUUAUUUGUUAUUUGCAUUAAUGAUAUCACUUAUGCUUGGUUUGAUUGGCUCCUCCCCCUCCUACCCUUUUGGUGAAAUGGAUUCUGCAAUGGAGUUUUUAUAUAUUAUAGUUGAUCCAAUAACAAUCACCAUUUAUCUUGCUUUAACUGCUUACCUUGGUUAUUACUUGUUAGCAAUAGAAUUAGUACAGACUAAACAGUAUAAGAUCAAAAAGUAUUUGAAUUUUUAUAAUUUUAUUGAUCUCAUAUCAAUUCUGUUUCCAUUUGCUUCAGUGCUUGGAAGUUAUAUUUUUACAAUGAAAUUUUUUACAGAUUCAAUGGUGUUUAUAAAUGCUGGGGACCCUUCUGUUGAAGACUUUACCGCAUUUUUAUUAGAUUAUUUUACUAAUUUUGCAUUAAUACAAACAAUUGUUAGUUCAUUUGUUGUAUUAAUUUUGUGGUUGGAGUUUUCUGGUGUAACUUACUAUGGUUCAAGUCCAAAUGUUGAUACUUUCAAAAUUUAUAGUAAUGAUUCAAUGCUUCUUAAUAAUGACCCUUUACAAAAUGUUAUCAUUAAAAAAGAGUUUGAUGAGUAG